CCAUGCGCGCGUGCCAGGGAGGCUGCGCGCGCGUGCUUGCAGAGGGCUAGCAGCCCUUGCCUCCCCUCCAGAGCUCGCUCCCUCCCUCCCUCCCCCGCCCCUCUCUCCCCCGCCCCUCUCCUCUCCUCGCUCCUGGCGAAUGCGCAGACCUUUGCAAGGCAGCCCGGGUGGCGCAGGCUUGCAGGAGGAAGUGCCAGGAGGGUUUGGCACAAUGACUUCCUAUGCAGGGGCUUAGCAGCGUGGCAAAAUUUGGCUGUUUUCAAGCUGCCUCUCCCCCUUCCCCCUUUCCCUUUACCUCUGGGAGAAUUCAGCUGGCUUCCCCUACGCUGAGCGUCCCCUCCCUUCUCCCAAGAGGGACAAAUCUACAAUGGCCGGGGACAGACUUCCACGCAAAGUGAUGGAUCCUAAGAAGCUUGCCGGCUUCUUGAGGAGUGGGGCUGAAGGCAUGUUGGUCAUUGACAGUCGCUCCUUUGUGGAGUACAACUCCUGGCAUGUCCUCAACUCUGUCAACAUCUGCUGCUCCAAGCUGGUCAAGAGGAGGCUUCAGCAAGACAAGGUAUCCAUCACAGAACUCAUCCAGCCAGCCUCCAAUAUAAAGGUGGAAGCAGAAAAGCACCAAGAUGUAGUAGUCUAUGACCAGAGCACACAGAAUGCAAAUGGGCUGGCCUCCGACAGUUUUCUUUCCAUUCUCCUCAGCAAGCUUGACAGCUGUUUCCACAACGUCUCCAUCCUUACAGGGGGGUUUGCUGCCUUCUCAUCUUGCUUCCCAGGACUCUGUGAAGGGAAGCCCACUGCAAUCCUGCCAAUGAGUAUCUCCCAGCCAUGCAUGCCAGUGGCCAACGUUGGCCCAACACGCAUCCUGCCUCACCUCUAUCUCGGCUCCCAGAAAGAUGUCUUAAAUAAGGACCUGAUGACCCAGAAUGGGAUAAGCUAUGUCCUCAAUGCCAGCAAUUCUUGUCCCAAGCCAGACUUCAUAUGUGACAGUCACUUCAUGCGCAUUCCGGUUAAUGACAAUUACUGUGAGAAGCUUCUUCCCUGGUUGGACAAAUCCAUUGAGUUCAUUGACAAGGCUAAGGUCUCCAGCUGCCAAGUGAUUGUGCACUGCUUGGCAGGAAUCUCCCGGUCAGCCACCAUUGCCAUUGCAUACAUCAUGAAGACUAUGGGCAUGUCAUCAGAUGAUGCCUACAGGUUUGUCAAAGACCGGCGGCCUUCCAUAUCCCCCAACUUCAACUUCCUGGGUCAGCUCCUAGAGUAUGAGAGAAGCCUGAAGCUGCUGAAGGCUUUAAAGACACAAGGAGAGAAGAGUGAGGGAGAAUGCCACCAAGAUUACUCUGAAGCACAUGAAAGCAACUGGCAGCAGACUCUGUCUACCUCAGAAAAGGCUGAGGAGCUAUUCAAAACCACAUCCUUGGAAAUCUCCUCAAUUGACUCUGAGAGGCCAUCAGGUGUUCCCAAGGUUUUCUCACCAACGACACUACAACAAGGACUGAAUGGGUUGCACUUAUCUUCAGAGCGCAUCCAAGACACAAACCGUCUGAAACGUUCCUUCUCCCUAGACAUCAAGUCUGCCUAUUCCCCUACGCAGAGGCAGGAGACUCCAGGUCCUACAGAAGCAGGAGAAACACCCAAGCUCUGUAAGCUGGACAGCCCUUCAAGUCCCAAUGGCACAUGCCAGUUCUCUCCUCUCCCUGAUAGCCCUGACUGGCCCAGUGGUCCUGACUUCCUUUUAGAAGCUAAAGUACGGCAGAGACGAAAGCACAGGCACCAAGCAGGCUCUCCCGCCCAUGGGCUGAGCCUUAAUUUCAGCGGGGUGUGCUCCAUGCAUAAAAGCAGCAGUGUGGAGGACAGUCUUAAGCAGACACUUCGGCUAAGCCUUCCCAGUGGGGGGCAACAGCUGGCACAGCCAACAUCUACUCCAACCUCUGCUGGCACUUGGGGGCUGCAUUUGGAAUCCCCUAGCACACCUUCAUCAGAGAACCCCUGGUACUUCAGCACAGACCCAGCAGUGGGGGGUGGCAAAGGCAAUGGGAGCGGGACUCUAUUUGCCAAUGCCACCACCUAUACUUCGUUCAGCUGCAGCACAAUCCAGGCGAGUUGUGAGAUAAGACUGAGGGAAAAGCAGCGUGGGGAGCAGCGGGACGUGCGACAUAGCUGGCAUGAGGACACCACCACUGAGAAGCAGUUCAAGCGAAGGAGUUGCCAGAUGGAAUUCGAGGAGACCUUAUCUGAGAGCAGGUCUCGGGAAGACCUGGGCAAAAUCAGCAAACAGUCUAGCUUUUCAGGCAGCAUGGAAAUCAUAGAGGUGUCCUGACAUUCACCUUGUGAGAUCUGAGAGCAAGCGUGUGUGCAUCGGUGUGCGGGUGGGUGGGUAGGGAAAGCCCCGUGAGAUAUUUAACUGGGGAGAUGAAGGGCAUGGGUGGGGGUGGGGGUGUUAUUUAUAUGCCUGUGUGCGUUUCCAAAGGGCACACAUGCUCAGACGAAGAAGGCGGCAAAGACAAAUGAAUCCAAAGUCAAGAAACAGAAUGGUGCAUGCUUAGUGCCUCCUUUUGGUCCUUCCUCCACCACCAAGGUGAACCAUAGCCACAUUCCCUUCUUUGGCAGGUGGAGUGUGUUAACUCUUUAAAUCCUGGAUUCUUUUCCUUUCGCAUGUAGACAGUGCUUCCUUUUCCCCAGGGGAAAUGGGAGAGCUGAGGUGUAGCUUCAAAGAUUGGGUAAAGAAACCUGGGGCAGGGAGUUACAUUUGUGUAAGACUUCCACCAAUUUAAAGUUUUUCCAGAGGAUAAUUAUUGUUGUUUGAUCAGAAGAUUUGCAUGGGGAAAGUUAAAGGGAAGCAGGUUCUUUUCUUUUGAGAGUGCAUUAGCAAUUGUUAAUAAUCCUUUCCUAUCUGACCUGUAGGAAAUGAUGUAAAACGGCCCAUCCACUCCCUCUGCAGGAAGGGAGUUCCCUCCCAUUCCCAUCAGGGCUUGACAUUUAUGUACUGAUGACUGCUUUCCAGAUUGGGGUACUUAAAAUGGAAAGGCUAAUUUUCAAUGGCUUUUUUCUAUAUCCUCCCUUCCCAUACUGAGCAUGCUCCUCUGUGUUUCUCUGGCUAGUAUUCUUUAAUGCUGCACAAAAGCAGCCUUAUACAUAUAUAAAUAUAUAUUAUAUAUAAUAUAAAAGAAAGAGAGAGAGAGAAAAACACAAAGAAAAGACAUUAAAUGGUUUUACUACAGUUUUUGAGACAAAUAAUAUUUCAACUUUUCUUUUUAAUUUAUUUGAAGUUGUUCAUUCUGGCAAUGAUUUUCAGACAAUGUUGGGGCGGUACUUCCAGCUCUGUUUUUACUGUGUAUACUAUUUAAAUCUGAAACAUGAGUUUCAAAGCAAUAUCCUAGGCCUGUGGCUCCUUCUGUAGCUCACAUCAGUGGCACAGACACCCCCAAAAGUGGGAUAAGAAAUUUCUGUGUGGGUGAGGAGGCGUGUGGGUGUGUGCAGCUGCAUGUGUGUGCACUUUUAUUUUUUGAAAAAGAUGAGAAAAAUCUUCAAGGCAAACUGAGCCAGGAAUUCUUCUUAAUGCUUCUUCCUACUUUUGUUGCAUCUGCAAUCAAAGCCAUAAAAUCUUCCCCUUCUUGACUCAAGGGAAGGGGAUUGGGUUAGGGUGGUAAGGGCAGGCACUUGUAUCACUAUUCAAAAAAGAGCCCUAGAGUAAGGAGGGGUGAGUGGGAUCAUUACAACUAUUUCAACAAAGUUUUUUUUAUAUCUAAUUCCUCUCUACAGAGAGGGCAUAUUAGAUCUGGGGUGGCAUUCCCAUAGAAUAAGUCCCUUUCCAAUAGCUCAGGGUAUCUCCCAAAUUAAUUAUGGGUGAUAAAAAGGCCAUUCUGUGCCCUUACAAAUGGGGUAGACUACUUCAAAUAGCUGUUCAGAUACUGGUCUUACUGAAUCCAGGCUUUAUGGAAAGGGCUAGACUUGGGAGAAAAUCUUGAGUUGUGUUGUUUUGGUACUAUAGUAAAAUUGCUUUAAGAUUCUUAGGUCCUAGGUAGUGAUCCUGCUGUAAACCAGGGUCAACGUACACCUGAAAGAGCAAAUUUCUACUCUGUGUACAUGCUGACCAUCUACCAAAGGAGUCCCUGCAACACAGGGAUUUUCCAGUGAAUGCAAAUCAGCCAAUGAAGUAGCAGUCCAAAGACAAAGCUGAACCAGUGAAUGGCCAGAUUCAAAUAACCCUUUGAGAAAGGAAUGUCUAGAAAGGACAGAUGAUUUCAGCACAGAAUGGACGGAUUUGCUGAUCCAUUUCCAUCUUCCACUUCAGCAACCCAUCUUCCAGCCCUCAUGUGUUUGGCUAAGAAGAUUACUGCGACUAUAAAUCUUACUAUAAAUGUUUCAAAAGCUGUUGAUUGGCUGAGAUGUUAUCCACAAGAGAAAUUUAAUUCUAAUCUGAAUACAUCACUGGAGAAAGUUUGGAUUAAAGAAAUUAUCCUUCAUGGAAAUUUCUUUUAUUUGGAAAAAUGAGGGAAAAAAUAAUGUAAGUUGAACAGCAAAAGAUACGGAUUAGAAAAGUGUCAAUUUAAGACAUUUUCAUACCAGAAGUAGAUUGUCUGCGUCCACUGUCAAAAUGUCAUGCAUUGGGUUCUUAUCCACCCAACUCCUUUCCCAAUAGCAAAAAUACAAUACUGUAUUAAAUAACAUACCAUUAGUCAUACUUUGCAGGUGGAAAUCUGUUGUCUAAAGUGACUGCUUCCCUUUGCUUUCUAGCAGGGCUGGUCAUGGAUGAUGAAAGUGUUGGAAUCAGUUUCCAUUAAUUAUACUAAGGACUGAUUCAAACAUUAUGGCACUUCACAAUCCCUAAUUGAUGGGGAAAUGGUUACCAGUCACCACUCCCUGCAAGGGUGGCAAGAUUUGUAAAACACUGGCUAUAUAGAGGAAGGCUCCAAUAAUGUGGAGAGCAUCCAUUCCAGCAAGUAUAACUUCUGCUGGUGUGCAGAUCGUCUGCUGAGCCGGGACCGCAUUACAUGGGAAAGAAGUGAGGUAUACACUACAGGCCCUACACAGGACUGUUGCACAAGAUAUUUUUCAGUAUGCUCUACUUGGGGUCCAUAUUGUUUACAUUGGCCAUCACUGGUACCAAAUGGAAUUCUAGAGCAGAAGAAUGAACAAGCAUGUCAGAACAGUGUUGGCAAUUCGGCGAAUACCAUUAAGACAGUGUAGGAGAGGGCAACAUGCCUUUUAACUGCUGACUGCACUACACUUCCUCCCUUACAGGGAGCAGCAUAGACAUGAGCUCAAGAGCUCCUGACACAGGGACACCACAAUGCUGCUUCAUCCUUUUGGGACAAAGGCACAGAGUUAUCGCUCUUAAAGCUGAAAGCACUCCCCCCCCCCCCCCUGUGUUAACUGAUUUUACAUCUGCUCCUUUUCUAUCACAUGCUGGUUUUUUGAGCUAAUACCUCAGGGUUAUUUGUGUAGCUUUUAAAAGGAAAAAGUAGUCAAGAUUCUUUAUGUUCAUUUCUUUUUUUCAUUUCUUUUCUUGCUGAAUGGUAAUUUUUUAAAAGCAUUGACUAUAGAGUCCUACACAAGACAAAAAUAAUAAUCUCAGGUUCAAAUCUUGCAAACCGUUACAAACCACAGGGAGCAGCAAUAACAUGGUUUUUUUGCAUCAGGUUGUCUGUUUCCUGGCAGUAUAAAUAGCUGCCUGUACAGAAGGCAGAGAUUUUGUUAUACAUAUUUUGCCAUGAUAUGUUUGAAUUAGAUGCUGCAAGCUCAGAAGUGAUCCUGCUGGCCUGUAUAGUAUUUUGGGAGCGGUGUGGCAGAGGACAAUGGGGUCAUGGCAUAGGAUAGGAUACAUUUUGGUGCAUAUAUUGCGAAAUUGACCAAUUUAUUAACAUAUUCGUCAGUAAGGUCACACCUCCUACAACGGCUACAACUGCUUAACAUAUUUGGCAUCUGGCUGAAAGUUCAGAAUCUGUCUUUCACUUGUAACCAUGUAUCUGAAAUGUGGAUAAAAUGCUCCUCUUUAGCAACUUACAUUAUAUGACAAUGUGAAUCAAUAACUAAUGGGCAUUACUUUAAGUUACAAUAAUAGUUCCAAAGGAUUUUCUUAGUACUUCAAAUUACAGAUUUUUUUAAAAAAAUAACUCACCUUUCUCACAUUUUCUGGGUAGUGUAACCUAUUAGCCUGUGACACAAAGGGAUUCAAAAUGCUGUUGUGUUCCAAAGUAGGUACACAAGGCUAUCUUGAAUCCUAUUUUGAGUUUCAAACCCAUAUUAAAACUCAUCUUGGGAAAACAGUGGGAUAUAAAUCCAAUAAAAAAGGCAUAGCCUGACCUAGUAUUUGAACAGGUGAUAUUCUUCAUCUCUCAUUAAAUGAGGCCAUGCCUUGUACCUACAUUAAUAACUGAAUAGUUGUUGUCAUUUUAUGUAAGGAGUAAUGUUGGAUUGUUAACACAGGGACAUCUUUGUUAUUAAGAAAAGGAGCUGCUUACAAGUAAUUGGCUAUAUGUAGUUUGCUAUUUCCAAGUUGUCUGACAAAUAUUACAUUAUGAUAACAUGCUCUAGAUUCCUCCAACUUAUAUUAGGAAUCUAGAGCAUAUUAUCAUAAUUUAAUAUUUCCUCCACUCCUUUAUUGAGAAGUGUAGUACACCCAUUCAUUUCCUUUCUGACAUAUAAUAAUCAGAAUUCAUGUGUUGCUGACUAAUAAUCUUUUAGAUAGUAGAAUCAGAGUUACCUAAAUUACUGGUGCAUAAUUUCCACCCUCUUUCCAUGGAGCUUGCAUACAAACUAUUCCUUUUUAGUAUAAUAAUACCUUUGACAGUUAAGGGGUUCUCUAAUUCUCUUUGAACAUGCUUUCAUUUCAUAACCUAAUCUCCAAAUCUCAGCCUCCUUUUACAGCCCACCCAGAUAUAAGAGAGUAUGCUUAACCAAAAAGGUGGCUAUGAUGUUACUAAUCCCGAAAUACAUUACUCAGAUGGCAAACUGAUGGGGCUCAAACUUGCUCUAGAACCUAAAUGUAUGAUAGAGAUGGUGUCUGAACUCUAAAACACAA